UUUCUCUUCGAUCAAAGACAGUCGACAUGGUAAAAAGCAGCCAUCUUCUCCAACUGCUGGAGUUUGAACUCGGUAGGAUGAGGAUCCCGUAGAGGAGUCGCUUUCAUGCCAUAUUCUCGAUUCCGCCAUUGAUUUCCAACUUCAUUACCAAGUCAUCACUACUCGUGUGUUGCUGUUAUUGUUGGGAGGUGAACGAUUGAAAAAUAGCAAAUGAAUCAGUUUGCAAAUGCAUUUUCCUUGCUUGAAGUGGAUGUUGCAGAUGACAGAGAACAGACAGACUCUGCAGUACCUACUGUUCAUCAGGAAAAUGCUAAUGAAAGAGCUAGGGGCGAGGAAAAGGGUGACAGCUCAGGAGAAACGAUACUUACCAAGAGUGACAGUGGGUGUCAACAACCCGUAGAAAUGGUUUCAGGAGAGUAUAAGUUGCCGCUUGUUUGGAUUGAUUUGGAAAUGACAGGUCUAAAUGUGGAAGUUGACAGAAUACUGGAGAUUGCUUGUGUAGUCACAGAUGGCAAUUUGUCCAAAUCGAUUGAGGGUCCUGAUUUGGUAAUCUAUCAAAGUAAGGAAUGUUUGGAUAGAAUGGGAGAAUGGUGUCAAACUCAUCAUGCAGCAAGUGGGUUGACAGAAAAGGUGCUCCAAAGUACAACUGGUGAACAGGAGGCUGAAAAGCAGGUUAUUGAGUUUGUAAAGAGAUACGUAGGCACGUAUACACCUCUUCUUGCCGGAAAUUCAGUUUACACGGAUUUUCUGUUUUUGAAGAAGUAUAUGCCAGAUUUGGCCAGUCUUUUCUACCAUGUAAUCGUUGACGUUAGCAGUGUCAGGGCCCUGUGCUUUCGGUGGUACCCUAAAGAGAACAGGAAAGCUCCUGCCAAGGAAAACAAGCAUAGAGCAAUGGAUGACAUCAGGGAAAGCAUAGCUGAACUGAAAUACCUCAAGGCGAAUAUAUUUAAACCAUCAAAGCAAAAGAAGUGAAGGCGGAUUUCGGGUUGAAGUACCGUCCUGACCUCAUUACUGAUCUCCCAAAACUGUAACGGUUUAUCAAACAUGCCUGAAAUGCUGAAGGUCUCGUCACUUGUGUAAAAUCUAUUAUGGGGGUUAGAUCAUGGAGCACAACUUUCUUAUUGGACCGAAUCGGUAUUUGCUGAGACCAUGUAGUGAAUCGUCUACUUGUUUAUCAAGUCGAUUAUAAAAUGCAGAUGUCUGGUUCUUCCAAAA